GUUGACCUCCGCUGACCUCAACCGCCGCCAUUCACAGACGAACAGCGCGUCUGUGGAUGUACCUCCACGCAUGCCUAAGCGCGUCCUAUAUAGUGUUUGCAGCCACUACUGUUGUGCAACGACAGCACCCCGAACUUCUGGCGAGCGAGAAGUCACCGCUGAAUGAAGUGACACACAGCGGCUCUCAUGCGCAGAGUCACCUCGUCGCAGCCUUUGCGGUCUCAUGCCUGCGUAGAUAACGCGCUGAUGGUCGUAGCUGACGAGGUGCCAACGAAGAAGAGGCGAGGAGAGCAGGGCAGCAGCAGUACACACGACAAGAGACGCAAUCGCAAACACGCAGGACUUGGGUGGAUACAGACCAAAGAGAUCAGGUAGAUGGAAGACGUGACAGGGGACGCUACUGUCGACGUCGCCGGUGAUGUCCAGAGUGCAAACAGCAGCUUGAAUGCUGCAACCCCCGGCGAACAUGCGAGACGGAUACAGCAACCGAGAGGCACGGUGGCGGCUAGCAGUAUAUACGGAGAAGAGGAAGGAACUGUACGGGACAUGAAUUCGAAUUCGGCAGGCACGCAGUCGUCUUCUCAGCCUGGCAAUAUAUUUCACUCCGGGCCCCAUUUGGCGCACUAUGCGACAACCGCAGCACUAGGACAACGCAGUCCCCAAGUCACGAAUAUCAAUUUCGGCAGCAGAACUUCCAUGGAGGCCACAGGUCUGGUGCAGCCAUCGCUGCCUUCUCCAGCACCAAGCGACGAGAAUACACAAUCGCCGACAUUCCCAGAACAUCAGAUCAAGGCACUCCGGAACCGCGGCGGUCAACGCAUGGCCCUCGACAUGAGUUAUACGGGAUUGACCGCAAUGUCGAGGCCAGGCUCUCCAUUGGUCAUGCAGUCGCCCCUUCAGGCACAACAGGCACAACAGGCGCAAACCCAGCAACAGCAACAGCAACAGCAACGACAACAUUGGCAGGUCUCUGGAAUGCCUCUCAAUUCGAUGGCGGUCCAAGCAAAUGGGCUAUCACCACAAACGCAGUUCCUUCCGCAGCCGCAACAGUACCUGCCGAAUCUUCAGUCGCAGCAUCCUACACAACUGCAGCAUCAACAGCAGCAUCGGAACACACAAAGUAAUAUUCAGAGAACACAAUUCCAUGGCCCCGUUCAGCAGUCAAACGUCCAGCCUGUCCAAACGCCCCCUAUGCUGCCUUCCAAUCAUGGCCAUCCCCAGGGCCAAUCACGUGAGCCGAGGCAUCGUCCUGUGGCCUCCAGAAUACCCAAGCAUAUUCUACUCAAGCGGAUACACGACGUGGAGCAGGCGAUGCAACCUCAUUUGCAAGAUGUCGACCACGGUCGUCUCACUUUGCUGCGCUACGCUGUUGAGAAAGAGGACUGGUUCUACCAAGUACUCAGUCAGGUGUUUUGUCUGCGUACUGUGAUGCCGAGUCUGCUGCCCAAGUCGCUCAAAGACGUGCCUGACAUCAGCUGGGACCAGCUUGGCAGUCUCUUGUGUCAGAACACGGCCGUCAACAAUGAGCUGCUCACGUUCUUUUCUGAGUUCCCGGAGCCUAUCAUGGAUCUAUAUUCUGAUCCGCACAACGCAAGGGAGGUAUACGAGGCGCGUGUGCAAUCGAUAAAGGUCUUUUUGAUGAAGCUGCCUCAGCACUGGGAUGGUCUUGCGCAGCGAUGUCGCGAGCUGGAGGCUCCUCCACUCGUAGAGGAUAUGGAAACAAUCCUGCAUCUUCAUAGCGUCGUGCUGCAAAACACAUGCUUUCGAGCCAUUGCGCGUUUGUUUUGGGGCGUAACAGAGUCGGAUGGGAUUAAAGCUUUGGAGUCUCUGCAUGAAUUGGAUCAACACAACUGCGUCCAUAAUCGAUGGCGGCGCACUGCACAGGAGAAACAGCAAGCUUAUGGGGCACUGAAUCUCGUAUACAGGCUCUGGAAGACUCACGAACAACGUCAAGAGGAAAACCGCCUCGGGAUCGCCUCUCAACCCAUAGCACCAUUCGCUGUGUCGCAGGACGUCUAUACACUCUUUCGGACAAUGCCGCGGAGCAUGAUGUCCCCAGUACCACAACAGAUGCUCCACUCUCAGAUGUUGCCACAGCAGACACUAAAUCAGUGGCAGCCACAGUCCCCAGGACACCAACUACAACAGCAGCAGCGGUAUUUGCAGGCAGCGGGUCGCCCACAGAACAUCGGCCGUAUUCCCUCGUCUCCUGACGCGCAGGCUUUUAGUUCACCCCACAUGCAACAGCUGCAACCACCUGUACCGCCCGGACGAACGCCUACUUUGGCCUCGCCUCACACAACGCCGCAUAGCGCAGCUUUGCGCACACAGCCUACAGCUAUGAGACGGCUUGUCUUCCCAACACAAGCUGAAAUCCCACGGGCUCAGCUAACGCACCCAGAACCUAGUCGCUGCGGGCUACACCAAGCACAUCUCCGCAGUCCGAACCUGGUACUAGCUGAGCCCAAGCAGGAUGCGCCUAGGCUGUAUCGCUUUGUUACAGGUUAUGCAAUGGCACCAGCUACCAUCAAGAAGAGAACUCCAGUACAACUUGCUCAUUUCGAGAUCUCGGACGAUUCGUUUGACAAAAUUGCAAAGACUAUCCCAGCCCCUGCUGAUUCAGGGAAACCUAAUACGAGAGUCGUUAGCGAGGACUCUUUGAUGUAUCGCCUACGAUGUUGUGCUGUACCGGCAACCGGUUUCACUGACGAGAGCAGCUGGGUUGUUGCCGAUAGCUUCUGGCCCGAGUCGCUGUCGUUCGAGCUCAACGGUGUACAGUUAUACACCAGACGAAAAUUGCAUCAUGGUCGCUAUCUGCCUAUUGAUGUCACGGAGUACGUCAAUCGUGGAAUCAACAAGCUCAAGGUCUUUCUCAACCGACCCUUGAGCGACAAACGGAGGUUUGAUUUCGCACUCGCCGUGGAAACUAUUGGUGUCACGAGCCACAAUAUCAUCAAAGACGGACUGGGUCGCGUCUCCGCCCAAGACUCUUUGGCGACGAUCAAAAAAGCACUGUCCGAAGGAGGCACCGUUGACAACGAGGACGAGAUUGCAGUGACUUCGAGCAACAUGACUAUCAGCGUUGUGGAACCAUUGUCGCAGGCGAGACUGGUCGAUGUUCCUGUUCGUGGUGCUAAUUGUCUUCACAAGGACGCCUUCGAUCUAGAAGUGUUCCUCUCUGUGUGCAAGCGUAUCAAACCGGAAUGGCCCACGGUUGUGGAUUGCUGGCGCUGUCCCCUGUGCCGAGGUGACGUACGACCGCAAACUCUGAUUGUCGAUGAGUUUUUGGUCCACGUGCGUGACGAGCUUCAAAAAAGGGGCCUGACGGACACGAAAGCAAUCGUGGUAGAGUCUAAUGGCAGCUGGAAGCCCAAGAAAGACGAGCGGACCGGAGUACGGUCUGCAAGCUUGGAGCGUGAGGAGGCUGGGCGAAGUGCAUCGGCCGCCGCUCCUUCUGCGCCGGUAAAGGCAGUGGAGAUCAUUGAGAUAGACUAGGAGGAUGGAUUGGGCCUUUCCUUCCACUCUAUCAUCAUCAGCCAUGGUUAACUCUCACAUCUUCGCUGCCGACGACAUGAUCCUUGGCAAGCUCCUAGCCGCGAUCGCCAUCAGCAAUCAACUUGUCGCCGCUUGGUUGCCUUGAUAUAUACUUGGUGCGCGAGGCUCGGCAGGAAGGGCUAUAGCCAAAAGUGAUCGAGACGUCAUGGAAACAUGACUCCCCAGAGCUCGAGACGAAUACUCCACUAGAGUUCGAGUCGCAGUUGAGGUAUCAGAAUAUGGGCUUUCGAAGCAUGCAAAGAGGUGGUUAACCAACCGGAUGGAGAAUUGCACCUCAGUGACGAGUAAUAUGAAGCGUGUUUGCGGGAGGGGACCUGCUUAUGGGAAUCUUACGGUACGGACUUGUUGUUUGAUUGCUAUCAGAGAUACAACUUCGCGAGUUUGCUUGAAAAGCUGGCUGCCAGUGCGGAACAGCAGCUUCGGCAGCGUUUCUGGCCACUUGGUGUGGCGUUCAUGAUUACUUGUGACCAAUUCAGGGUUGCAUCGAGUAUCUUUGAAGAUAGGUACCUAACAUUAAUGCAUUGUAUAUUCCAC